GAUUUAUUACCAGUUGCGAUUACCCGCCUGAGAGGCAUACAAACACAGUCUGAACUUGAUAGGCCAUUGUUUCUACAUCGUUGUGCGCUGCGGGACAUAUUAUUCUGGAUUUUCCGUUAGUGUAUACUGGGUUUCUCAAACGAAAAGACCGUCGCAUGAGCGUAUUCUGCACUCGCUGAUGCGCAAAGAGAAGUGCUGAGUCCAAAGUGAAGUUGCGACGCUGGAACGAGUAUAAACAUUUCAGGAGUCGACACAACUAUUCAUCAUGUCGUUGGUGACGUUACCACCCGAGCUUCGCAGCCUCUGUCGAAAGCUCACAUCGACGAAACCAGAACAUCUGCCGAACUUGCUACCAUUUUUGUUGCAGGAUGUGCAGCGAUGUCGAGGGCCGCUCUCAGAACCACUGGAAUCGAAAAGCAGCGCGAAUGGGUCAGAGGCAGCAGUGCUUGUGCACAAGCUGAAAACUCAAGUAACUACUCUUCUGAACGGCAGGAGCGUUCAGGGGCGGUUUGCCGCAGUCGCUUUGGUCAAGGCUAUCAUAGAAGCUGGUGGGUGGCAGUCACUCAGCGAAUCCGAGCCAUGGGUUCGUGGGCUCUUGAUCAUCCUUCAAAAACGGGGUCCCAUUGUGAUCAAAGAGUUAUGUGUCGUAACUCUUACCAAGAUUUACAUGAUGAUCCAGAGAUACCAGACGCUGGUACGGCAAAUUGUUACGCCUACGCUCCCAGGGUUCGCGACUGCGUGCAUUCAAAUACUCAAACCAACAGCCACGAGUAAAGCGGCCAAAGCUCCCUUGAGCUUUAAUGACACUGUCUUUGAAGCCUUCUCUAGCUUGAUACCCUUGUUUCCCACCACGCUGCGUCCUUUUGCGGCACAAAUCCGGAACGUCGCACGGCCGUAUCUUGCUCCAACUACUUCUGAUGGGCAAUUUGUACCCGAAGCACUACAGAGAAGUAGCCGGCGCCUGGUGGUCCGGCUACACAUGACCGCCGCGAAAGGCGGAGGUUCUGAUGAAUGGGCUAAGCAUCUCACCGGCCUGGUUAAGGACGUCCACAACACCGCAGACCAAGUCUUCCGUGCCGUGCAAGAGACUUGGGAGUCUUCGUCAGGAUACGUUCGUCAGGCAGCCGACUUCUCUUUGGAUCCAACUGGGGGAGGAACUUCGCCGGACCAGCUGCCAGAAUGGACGGGUGUUCAGGCGGGCAGCGAACGAAUCGUCGGCUUGCUUCGAUUUAUUGGGGAAAGCCUCCGCUGUAAAACCAAAACUCCGGUUACCAUCCCGGUCAGCUCUAUUUUUGACUUGACGCGAAGGAUAUCUUCUAUUAUCCUUCGGACUUCUGCAACGGAAAAAUCCGAAUCGACACAGAUGAACGCUGCAGUCGGAAGGGAGGAAAAGGAUGAGCUGUGGUCAGUCUUCCCCGACGUUCAAGUUGCCGCCAUGCGGCUUCUCUCGGUGCUGGCUCAACGACUAGGAAGAAAUUUCCUCCCAUUGGCCCAGGAGACCUUGGAUCAGAUACUACGAAUGUUCGACGCAAGCUAUCGUCUUCCCGAGAUACGUUCGGUCGCCUUUGCACUAUCGAACGUGGUACUUCAGCUUUGCAGACCGUCCAUGACCAAGAUUAAUGUUGACUCGUUGACAUUGACGAUUCAAUCAUGCUGUCAAGAUCUACUUGGUGCUGGUGGCCACCUCAGGGUCCCCCGACAACAAGCCACGAUGGGUCUGCAAAAUGGCUCCAAGUCUAACAAUGGCAGCCAGAAUGCCGAUUCUUUUCUUCCUUCGCAAAGCGAUGAGGAGACCCUACCUGUUAUCCUUGAGCCGGAACACAAGACUGCGGCGGAGGAGCUCCUAGUAACGCUCUUCAGUAACCUGCCACAGCAGUACAUCAAUUCUUCGCUCCGUUCACGCAUGCUCAGGACGGCCAUAUUAUGCCGCAUAAAAAAAGCGCAGGUGGCUAGCGUCCUGCAUCCUGCGCGAGACAAGAAUGGGAGGACUGCGGACGCAAUACUUCCUUACCUCCAUCAGCAAUUCCCUCACGAUGAGAUUGUUGAGAUUUUACGUUUCAAUUUGCGACCCACAGGGACUGGCGCCGUUGGCGACUUCAUGGAUCACGACGAUGGCAUGGGUAUUGAAUAUGAGGCGUCAGUCGACAACCCUGCCAAUGGCUCAACCUUUGAUAAGCCAUUUGAGGCUGCUGUCCCAGACGCCCAGGGUGACACAGUGAUGAAGAAUACGGCGUCUGAGGCUGUGGUAUCAGGCCAUCAUCCAGUGGCCGAAGUUCAGCCCAGUCCCUUCUCGACUCACCAGAACAAAAGAGUCACAAAAACCACGGAAGUUGAGGCCCAGCUCACAUCAGUCAACCCCCUGAAGAGGAAGACUGAGACAGACGAUAUCGAUGUUGCUGUCUCCAAACGCGUCGAGGUUGUCGCUGUCGACACUACGGUAGUGGACCACGGAUUUGCUUCCGUAGGAACCAUCAUUGAAUCUAGCCUAGGGCAGAUGAUAAAAACAGGCGAGGAUGCUGAUAAUAGCGAUGAUGAGAGUGUGCAUCUGCAGAUGGAACUUGAUGAGUCGGAUGACGACGCUGAGGAGGAAGAGGAAUGAUGGCGAAGCAUGUGACGGUAUCUACCCAAGGAUCAAGACGGUUUCAACCUAUUUCAUUAGUUACCUACCCCAUGUAGGCUGUCGGUGGUCUCUUGAUGCAUUUCAUCUGCAAAGUACAUAAUGGGAGAGUCUUUCUUUUCAAAGUCGAUAUUGUCUUUCGCCGAGAGAAACGUCAAUAUUUUGACAUAUUUCAGUCUAGUACUCGAGUCUGGCCUUCAGGUCAGGACUGGUCGCACGGGGGUCAUCGUUGGACGCCAUGGCGGUGAAAGUGCAACGUGACUCCAAAGUGACGUUAGAAUGCAAUAGUGCCGUAGCUUUUAUGGAGUGGAGGAAUGCAGGCUUGUAAACUGGGACGCCAGGCUGGUAUACGGUGGUGGAUUACUUCACCACUUACAAUGCACAACUGCUUGCCACGCACAAAGUUGGCAUGUUGUCACUCAAGUACGAUGAAAGCAG